AACUUUAUAUACAUUCCCGUCUCCAUUCAUCGAACCCCUCGCGCUCUCUCUCUCUCUCUCUCUCGGCGACUGCAAUGGCUCUCGUCAGCAGGCUCGCUUCCUCCUCCGCGGCCGCUUCACCUCGCCUCCGUCGGAGCUCCUCCUCCUCCUCCUCCUCCUCCUCCUCCUCCCGCGCUCGACCGCCCCGCAUCUGCUCCCUCCACUACACCCCUCCUCCUCCUCCUCCUCCAGCUCCUUCCUCGCCGUUCACCGAGAAGCACUCGCCGGAGAGGUACCGCCGCGACCGGUGGCUCUACGCCGACUCCCCCUGCCAGCCUCCACUCCCCUCCUCCGGCGGCUCCGCCGCAGCGUCCGAUCCCGACUCCCUCAGGCGGGACGACAUCGCCCUCCAGCUGCCGGAGCUGAGGAACCUGCUCCGGGUGCUCAAGGACAGGAGGGAGCGCGCAUGCGGCGGCGGCGGCGAGAAAUGUGGGCCCGGGAACGUCUACUUGGUGGGGACGGGGCCGGGCGAUCCCGAGCUGCUGACCCUGAAGGCGGUCCGGGUCAUCAGGGGCGCCGAUUUGUUGCUCUACGACCGGCUGGUGUCGAACGACGUGCUGGAGUUGGUCGGCCCCGGCGCGAGGCUGCUCUACGUGGGGAAGACUGCCGGGUACCACAGCCGCACUCAGGAGGAGAUACACGAGUUGCUUCUCAAUUUCGCGGAGGCCGGGGCUACUGUUGUUAGACUCAAGGGAGGUGACCCUCUGGUAUUUGGGAGAGGUGGGGAGGAGAUGGACUUCCUGCAACAGCAAAGCAUUCGAGUGCAAGUCAUACCAGGCAUAACUGCUGCUUCAGGAAUAGCGGCGGAGCUGGGAGUCCCAUUGACUCAUAGAGGUGUGUCAAACAGUGUUAGAUUCCUCACGGGACAUUCGAGGAAAGGUGGAACGGAUCCUCUGUUUGUAGCAGAAAAUGCAGCGGAUCCUGAUUCUACUUUGGUGGUUUAUAUGGGUCUCUCCACUCUCCCUUCUCUUGCACAGAAGUUAAUGGAUCAUGGUUUGCCGCCAAGUACACCAGCUGCUGCAGUUGAGCGUGGAACCACCCCCCAACAACGUGUGGUUUUUGCUGAACUGAAGGAUCUUGCUGACAAAAUAUCUGCUGAGAAGUUGGUCUCACCCACAUUGAUCAUCAUUGGAAAAGUUGUCGCACUUUCACCAUUCUAUUCAAAUUCUUUCGAGGAAGCAUCUAUGUUAGUCGAGGCUAAAUGAGGCAACUUGCUUUCCCAUGUUCAGAGGGUUUUGGUGGCUCAAGCCUGUUGAUUAUAAUUUUUUCCAACUGCUGGAUCUUGAAAACAUGGCGCCCAUAGCUCAAUCAAUCUCAUGAGCGGCUUAUCUGAUAAAGAGGAAUUUCCUCCAUGAUAUUUAUUGUUAUGUCUUCUGGAAGGCCAGAGUUAAAGUUCCAUGGAAGCUAACAACAUAGGUGACUCAUGUCGGCUAUUGAAGUGGAGGAAGCGUCAGUGACCUCCCGAAGUGCUGCUAGGCACUAACAAGUAGCACCUCUCUUGGCCGGGAUUAACCUGAUGGAAGGCAACGAGUUUUGGAGCGGAGGUGUGCCGACUCAAUUUUGUGAGGCGAUCUGUGACUUUGCGUCUGUUGUUUUCAUAAUUUAUCAUGAUCUAUUAUCAA